UUGGUAUUAUAAAUAUUUGACAACCAAUAAAUUUGGAAAAUUCUAUUUCCGAAAGUUUAAAAAAAAAAAUUUUAAGAACAAAUUUGUCAAACUAAUCACUUUUAUUCGGAAGUUAAGUUUCGAACUGAAUGUAUAAUUUCGAAAAACUAAUGCCGAAAUCCCCAAACCGAAAAACAUUAAAAAAGUUAAAAUUAAAAAAAAAAAAUUCAGGAUUUUAUGGCAAUGGAGUGCAUAGAGAUCUAAAAAUGGUAAAUGCAAUAAAAAAUUGGAAAGAUGGCUCAUCUUCAACAAUAUUUUAAAGGAUUUUUAAUGGUAUUUUUAAUGGAGGUUCAAUAGGGUCUUCCAUGGAAGUCUUCAAUGGAGGACUUUGUCUUCACUUCAAACUAUGGUCUUGAAUGGUCUUCACGUGGGUCUACAUUGAGUCUACAAAUCUAGGAGUAGGGUCACUCAACAAGUGUGUGGAAAGGAGAAUUGAGUGGUAUGUGUACAAUGAUUAUGAGUGAAUGAUAUAGUUGUAACUUUGAGUGUUGAUUGAGAAAAUUAAUUCAUAGUCAAAUUAAUAAGUGUGUCUACUAAGAGAAGAUGUGUACUGAGGUAGUUAAGUGUGUGGAAAUAGAAUUUAUUGGUUAAGUGUGUGGAAAUAGAAUUUCCCAAUAAACUUGUUUCUCUCCACUUUUGGUGAGAAAUGAAAUAAGCUCAGUAAGAGUUCUCUUUCUCACUAUUUCACAUCUUUCUCACUCAACUUAUAUAUCAAAUAUCAUAAAAGAAUUCUUUUUCUCAUCAUUUCUUGUCAUUUCUCACCAAAUCACUCCAUCCAAACGGAGUAUGACACUUAUAUUUAACUUGAAAUACUCUUUUCUCAAAAAAGGAGAAAAGAAUUGUACUUUUCGCAUAUUGUUGAAAUUACAUGCCUUGCCUGUAGAGAAAUGUAUUAUAUUUUAUUUUGAUGACUCAAAAGAAUUCUUCGCAACGUCCAACAUAUGGCUAAGGCUGAACCACUAUAUAUACCCCUUCCUAGUCCCUCAGGUUUCCUCAGUUGUGUCAAGACAAGUCUCAACUAUCAAUUCUAUACCAAAAGCUCUCUCCUAUUCAUUGAGCAUCAAAGUUUGUCGGGCUUUUAUUUAUUCCAAUUAAGGUAAACAGAAGAAAAUGUCGAUACUGCCGAAUUCACAGUGGAGAGGAUGUGCAGCAAACUUCCCUCAACCUGUCAAUGAAGAAGACAAGCGUGCAGCUCAAUUUUUAGUAGAAACUGUUUACUACUUUAACUGUCAUAUUGCAACUCCCCCUCUGCCUAACAUUGUGUACAGAAGCAGCAGUGGAGAAGAAGACAUCCUCCGCCAUGUCUUUCGCUGGGAUCUUUCCCCCUAUCAGGAGGUCUUUCGGAAUGGAUUCCAAGCAAGGCGUCAAGAAGGCACUCUUGAUGAGGUCUACUUCAAUCUGGAACACUACAUCCAUCAUGGUGGCAGGCCUCUUAAUUCCACCCGGCCCGCCACCCAUGCUUUCGUUAGCGCCACGCUUAACAGCGCUUGGCAUCCCAGCCUCAACCUUGAGACCAAAAUUGAGGUAUAUCGAUACGAGAUAUAUGCGCCCGGUGGCAUUUGGGUCGCUGAGACUCUUGGUGAUCGUUACCAGUACGCUGCCCGAGACGAGGUUUGCUUUGUUGCUGGCAUUGCUCCUCAAUACAUCCGAUCUGCUCAACUCUUCAGCCUUAUUGCUGGCAUGAUAUAUACCAGACGGGAGAAAAUAGAUAACGUAAUAAGAAUAAAUGGGAAAUUCAAUCCACAAUCGCAUCCACCAAGGUUGCUCAACAUUCGGAGGCCAAUAUUUGAUUGCUUGGAUGCAAAUGGUGGAAGGGUGCCUCUAACAAUUAGUAUUUACCGACCCAGUGCCGUCACCGUCUCCGUCUCCGAGCAAGAGAAACAAGUGUCCAAGCAAGAGAAACAACAAGUGUCCAUCUCCAACUCAGAGCAAGAGAAACAAGUGUCCAAGCAAGAGAAACAAGAAGUGUCCAUCGCCGUCUCUGAGCAAGAGAAACAGCAAGUGUCCAUCGAGUCUGACUUUGGCUGUGACACCACCGAUUGGUAUGCUGGCAAUGUAGCUAACUCUGAGAGCUACAUAAAUGCUGCAUUCCGUUCGUCUCGUGCAAAUGAAGCCUAUAUAUUCAUGCAGGACGAGUAUGUGCUAAUAGACUAUGCUCCAGGAGCUUCAAAAGACAAGGUGUUGCAUGGACCGGUUCUUGUCUGCCAUGGGUAUCCAUCCCUCACAGGCACAGCCUUUGCAGAACAUGGAAUAGACUGUGCUUUCGGGUCUCAUAAUGAGAAUGAAGCGUUCAUCUUCACUGGGAAUCUCUGUGCACAGACUAACUACGCACCAGGCACCACCAAUGACAAGAUAAUCAAAGGUCCGAUGACCAUUACUGCAAUGUUCCCCUUCUUCAAAGGGACCGUCUUUGAAAGCGGUGUAGACGCGGCAUUUGAGUCAACGAAAAGGUAUGAAGCGUACCUCUUCAAAGACAACCAGUAUGCUCAUAUAAACUACGGUUCUGAUUCCCACCUCUUUGUUUGUCAUCCGUCUCAUCACUCAAGGCUUUCCUAGUUUGAAAAAAACCAUCUUUGAAAACGGAAUUGAUGCAGCACUUGCUUCACACAAGAGAGAUGAGGCAUAUCUAUUCAAAGGGGAUUCCUACGCACGCUUCAACUUUGCUUCUGGCACCGCCAAAAGACUACAUCAUGGGUUUGAGAAAAAUCCUUCCAAUUUGGUCCUCUUUAUGUAGCAUUUUGCCUCGCAAAAACCGUGGUCUUGACAUUCAUGAUCACACUAAACCUGAUGAUGACCGUGACCAUGAUGAACUUUAAAAGUCAGUCCCACGUGCCAAAAGUGUGGAUGGCAUGCUUCGAAUAAGAGUUUGGCUCAGUGGUUUGGCAGUUUCUAGUUUUUCUUUAGUUGGAAUAAUUAAGGGCGUAGCGGGAAUUGGGGUUUUCUUCUGUUCUCCUCUCCUCUCCUCUCCUUGAACCACCUCAUCCUCUAGGUAGUAGCUUAGGCUAGUGUACUUUGGAUGAAGUCAACAAUUUGUAACCGGGCAUCAAUAAGCAUUAAUUUAUUCUUGGAAAAUUAUUCAAUAAAUGUUACAAUCAUUGUUGUCAAAAAAAAAAAAAA